AUGCAGACUCCCAUCAUUCUCCUCACUCUCGCCGCCAUGGUCAUGGCUAGCUCCAACGCCGGCGGCAACGUCUGCAAGAACGGCGAGACCGUGGUCUGCCAGGGCCAGGGUAACGGCGGCCUGAUCACUCUGGGCAACGUGUUGCCCGGUGUUCUGGGCCAAAACUGCGCCGCUGGCGAUGUUUACUGCUGCUCCACCGACAAGAUCAACCAGGUCGGCCUCAUCAACCUGGACCUUAACGCUCAGUGCAGUCUCAACCGUGUCCUGUAA